AUGAAGAUUUCUCAAAGACUUGUGGGAGUGGUUUUAUCUACUGUCUUAACUCAAGCGAGGAACGUCUUCUACUAUGAUGAAGAACAUCCACAUUUACCUGAUCCGAAAGUAACGGCAGAUGUUGAUCAUGUAAAUAUUGCCCAUGCUAAAUCAUCUAUUUUCACCACCAAUCCUGCAGGCGAAUACGCUCCUUUUCAAAAUUUAUCCAGCUUGAAAGCCCAUUUCAAGCCUGAUACCAAAUUUUUAAUUUCCAUAGGAGGUUGGGGAGAUAUUGGCUUUCGAAAAGCUGCGGCUACAGAAGACUCUCGCAAAUUGUUUGCUAGCAAUAUCGCUGAGUUGCUUAAAAAACUCAGCUUAGAUGGUGUUGAUAUUGAUUGGAGGUACCCUGGUGGUAAUGGUGAUGAUUAUCGGCAGGUUCUCAACUGGGACCUAGCUGCAGAACCUGGUACUUAUCCAUUAUUAUUGUCUGAGAUACGCUCUGCGAUUGGCUCAAAGAAAAUUUUGAGUAUUGCUGCUCCGGGAAAGCCCGAGAACAUGAUCGUCUACACGCCUCACAAUGCUACCUCAAUCUGGAACUUGGUAGAUUGGGUUAACGUUAUGACAUAUGAUCUAAUGGAUCGUCGAGAUGGCAUUACCAAGCACCACACUGACGUUGAGACGUCAUUAAAAAUCGUCGACCAUUACAUCGAUAACCUCAAGCUUGAACCCCACAAGAUCAAUCUUGGCUUUGCUAUGUUCGCCAAGUGGUUCAAAGUUGAUCCAAUGGAAAAAUGCGAAACAGGUCUGGGCUGUAUAACUCUCCUACUAGAGACUCAGGAUGGUAUAGACACACAAUCAAGCGGCAGCAUUACCUUUGAAACAGCUAAUCUAGCACCGCCUCCAUCUAACAUCACCGAAACUACUGACGGUACCUGUGGCCCUGAGAUCUUCAAGACUUGCAAAAAAGGACACUGCUGCUCCAUUUACGGUUACUGUGGUACCACAGAAGAUUAUUGUAAUAAUUGUGAGGGCGUAGCCUAUGGUUCUGGAUGCAAGGCAGUUUCUCUUAAAUCUCAAUUUCAGACUGCUAUGCUUAAUGGCAUCACUGAUUCGAAAAUGGGUGGCCAGUACUAUUACGACCGAACCAGAAGCACUUUCUGGACGUGGGAAACGCCAGAUUUAAUAGCGCAGAAAUUUGAAAAGAUCAUGGCGGCUCGUAAGCUCGGCGGAGUAAUGGUUUGGAGUCUAGGCGAGGAUAGCUAUGAUAAUAGCCAUCUCAUUGCUAUCCGUGAAGGAAACUCUUAUCUCAAAGAUCCAAGCGCUUAUCAAAAGAAAAAACCAAACAACGUUGCAAAACCCAUUCAACCAAUUCAAUCCCCUCAGCCAGAGCCAAAACCUCAGCCUUCGAAAACCCACUGGUGGAAAUUUUGGUAA